GUUUUUUAUCAAAACAUUUUUUUUUUUCAAAUUUUCUUUUUCUUAUUUAAAAUGUCUCGUAGCAUUGAUAGCAUUACCACAGGCAACUUUAGUAUUUGUUCAGUGUCUGGGUCCAGGUUUUGGUUUAGGUUCAGGUCUUGGCGCUGGUCUGGGUCUUGGUGUGGAUCUUGUUCUGUUAUCCAUCUUUGAAAAACCUCUCAGUUGUUCCAGAACUACCCUUAAGGAGACCCUUCAGGAGCUGUGGCUCCUAUACGAUAGCCACAACAAAAACAACCCCACUUUACCUAGAAAUAAUAAUGUACAGCGCCUUGUUUGGCCAAUGGUCAUUUGAAGGUGCUAUAUAAAUUAAUAAAACUUAAAACUUAAAUGAAGUAAACAAAAAAAAAAAAAAAAGAGCCAUCAGCUUCGGGUUACAUCACCGACCAAAUACUGUUCAGUCACUGCAAAUGGUGACCAGACUCUGCAGGAGGACGAGAGACUUGGUCCACCUAAUCUACUUGGACUUGUAAUGAGCACACCAGGCUACGGACUUGUUAAAAUUAGACAAUAUUUUCUCGGACUGGUCCGAACUGAGCCAAAGUUGGUAUUUUUAAGCUGCUGGUUUAUAAAAAUUAAUUUUCAAAAUAAAAAGAAAUUUUGUAUAAAAAAACAUCUAAAAAAUAUCAGUGGAUAAUUUUAUCCAGAUGAUGAAGAUUCAAUGAAAUAAAGUUGUUGAUUUGUAGAAAUUGUUUCUGUUUUGAAAAAAAAUUCUAUAAAAGACACAUUACAUUAGCUUAGCAAUCUAGUUAGCCAUGCUAGUUAGCCACUUUAACUCACAUGACCCAGACAGAUGUUGUGAACAGAAUCAGGAAGUCUUUCAAGAUAAAACUUCCUUCAGGAUCAGAAAAUACAGGAAACGUAAAUAAUCCAAGUUAGCUCAUUUAUUUAUUUUAUAUUUCUGUCUGUGGCCCGGGAGUUGGGGACCACUGUACUAAGGCACACACCGAGAGAGCAAAAUUUUGGAAAAAAAAAAUUGGAAAAGGAUCUUGUGAAAAUAACUCAUGUUUUAUAUACAUGUGUUAUUUAGUGUGCAAAGGGUAAGAUAUUAUACAUAUAGGCUAUAUGGAUCUAGUUCCUCUGACAGGCUUAGAAAAACAUUUGUUAUUCAGUGUGCCUAAUAAAGUGGGCAGUGAGUGUAAAAAAAUAGUUGUAUGUAAAAAAAUCAAUUAUUCUAAAUAUUGAAAGACUACAGUUUGUAAGUGGAUUGCUUAAUAAAACAUAAAUAAAGUGUGUUUUUUUUAAGCGGUCAGGUGUAUUCGUCAGAUCUCCAGAUAUUGCUGCAUCAUUAACUUCCAUUAGAAUCUCACUUUGAUGCUUUAAUUCCCCUGAAGAGACUUCAACAAUCUUCCAGACGCCUUGCAGUGUGAAGGGGAAAGGGGCGGGGCUUCGAGGGAGGCGGUCCCCGCUGGAGAGUCAGCUGCUCGCGUGAACUCGGUGUGCGCGUGCGGGUGUUCGGAUCAUGUGUGCGUGUGUCCAGGCCGCCCUCAGAGUGUACGUGCGGUUUGUUGGAGUGCGGGGACAGCGAGAGCUCGGGACGACGCGGCGGCGGAGCCUCCGGAGGUUCGGUCCAAGCUUCUUCGGUCCCGUCCGGGACGCAAAUGAAAGGAUGGAGAAAACUUCCCCCCACAGGCCCGAGGAGCUAAUUGUUUCUGGCUUUCAACGUUCCUCUAAUCCGGCGUCGCCACAUCACCACGAUGACGAUGUGGAUCUGGAACAACUGAUGAAUGACAUGAACUCCUCUACGGAGGCCGUUCACUCAAUGCAGGGAGACAAAGUGCUUCUCCUGAACAACGGCCUUGCACCCCACCACCACCAUGUACGUUACCAGGUCAACCGCCAUCAAGCACACCCCCUGCCCCCAUCAUCACCCACCAGAGAGAGGCUCCGGCAUUCUCAGCCUAUGCACAUCCAGGCUGCCAGGUGUUUAAAGGAAGAACUGGAGUUGCGUCCAGCUUCCCUGCCGGCCAUUCCCAGCCCUUUCCCGGAGCUCUGCAGCCCAACCGGAUCCCCCGUUCUCAGCCCCAUACUGGCUCCCGACACCCAUAUUGUCAAGAUUUGGAGUGAGGAUGGAUCCGGAAAAGUGGUGGAGAUUCCAGGACACAUGACGGCGAGAGAUGUGUGCCAGCUGCUCGUCUACAAGAGCCAUUGCGUGGAUGACAAUGCCUGGACGCUGGUGGAGCACCACCCCGUCCUGGGCCUCGAGAGAUGUCUGGAGGACCACGAGCUGGUGGCUCAAGUUCAGGCCUCCAUGAGCAGCGACUGUAAAUUUCUCUUCAGGAAGAACUUUGCCAAAUAUGAAUUCUUCAGGAACCCCCUGAACUUUUUCCCGGAGCAGAUGGUGGCUUGGUGUCAGGAGGCUGAUGGUCCGGUCCCUCCGUCCCAGCUCCUGCAGAACUUUCUGAACUCCAGCAGCUGUCCAGAAAUCCAAGGACAUCUAUACGUUAAAGAGGCUGGACGCAAGUCCUGGAAGAAGCUCUACAUGUCUCUGCGGCGCUCUGGGUUGUAUUACUCCACAAAAGGAACAUCCAAGGAGCCCCGGCACCUGCAGCUGCUGGCCGACCUUGAAGAUAGUAACGUCUACACCAUCAUCACCAGCAGAAAGUUUCAUAACGCGCCAGCAGACUACCAGUUCUGCAUCAAGUCCAGUAAGGCGAGGAGCGACUGCAAAGAGCUGAAGAUGCUGUGCGCAGAGGACGAACAAAGCAGGACCUGCUGGACCACUGCCUUCAGACUGCUCAAGUAUGGGGUUCUGCUCUACCAGAACUACAGCGUGCCUCAGCACAGGAAGUCUCCCUUGUUGCCUUUUUCUGCACCUGUGCGGAGCAUAUCCGAGAACUCUCUGGUUGCUAUGGACUUCUCGGGGCGGACGGGCCGCGUCAUUGAUAAUCCGGUUGAGGCCCAGAGCGCUGCCCUGGAGGAGGGACAGACCUGGAGG